AGCCCCGCCAACAAGACACGUUCAGUCAGCGAUUAGAUUGGAAUGCGGGGAUGCUGCGGAGCGCGGGCGUUCGGAGAGAGUGUGUGGUGAAGUGGCGGCCAUCCGCUACGUCUCGACCUCAGGCUUGAACUCGCUUCUGAUGCUGACGCGUGUUCGUUGGACCAGGUCUCUGGCCGGCAUGAGCACUUUCUGCUGCGCCAUAUGCAUGCCCGCGACAAAUCGGCGAGAAGGCUGACAUUCACCGACACCGAUUUGGGAGACGACUUGACGCGGGCUAGAGUGACAUCGGCAUCGACUAGCCUGCUGAUUGGAGGCCACAUCCUCGAUGGAUUCCCUAUAUGCUCCAGUUCGUAUAUCGCUGCGGCUAUGUUUUCUCUGGAUUUCUUCUGCCUUGGUCUCAAUUUCAUACGAGUGGAGCAUCGUGUACGUUAGACGGUGUGGCGAUCUUUUAAUUCGUCUUUGGCCUCGGCGAAAUACGCCGUCUGACGCUUGGGAGAUUGCGGCCUGUAAACAGCGUUGCGACUCGUUCCUGUGUCUGCAAGAGCUUCUCAUAUCCCCGGUCACGUCCAUAUCUGGCUUUCUCAGCUCUCGAAGCUGGCUGAGCGCCCGUCCCCCGGACGUGUAUUGGGCUUCGAAUAUUGAGGCUGCAGGACCAAAUAAGCAGGUGCGGUGUCCUCUCAGUUCUCUCUUUGUUCAAUAUUCUAGCGGCACGUUGCAAAAGCCCUGCGGUAGCCGGAGGCGGACGGCGAUGGACCCACAAGUGGUAACCCGAGCGUACUAGCCGCA